UUCUCGUCUCUGAGAGUCUCGGCUGCUGAGGAUGGACGCUCGGAUCUUCACCCUGCACGUCCUGACGCUCUGCUGCCUCAUACACGGCUCUCUGCAGGGCGUGUAUCAGCGGCGCCUCUACAAGGAGCUGAUGAAGAACUACAACCCGUUAGAGCGACCGGUCAGCAACGACUCCCACAGCCUGACGGUCAACUUCAGCUUCAGCCUGCUGCAGAUCAUGGACGUGGACGAGAAGAAUCAGGUGCUGACCACCAACAUCUGGCUGCAGCUG